UUCAUCGUUUUCCCCCUACUUGUUCUUGAUUUACAAUAUUCGUUCAAGGUUUAAAUUAAACUUUGGACUUUAGUUGACUUUUAGUUGCAAGUGCGAACUUGUCGCAAUUUUUUUUGUCUUCUUCAAAUUGCCAAAUUACGUGUUUUGUCUCUGCUGGCAAACAUUCGUUUUUUAAACGAAUGGUUUUAAAUGUCUUCAAAUAUGACAUUCACGAAUCUGUGACUAGAAAAUAAUCUCCUAUUUUUUUCUCGUUUUCUCUCGAUAAGUGAUACAAGAAAAAAGUGUACAUUUUUUAAAAAAUUUUAAAAAAUCAACAGUGAGCUAUCUGCUGUCAAUAAUAUUUAUGCGAAUUGACAACAAUUAAAAGAAAAAUCACCAAGUCUUCAUUUGAAUAUUCCAAGUGGAAAAAACUAUUUUUGACCUACUCCGAAAAUAUAUUACUGUUUUUAUUCAAAGAGAAAUCUUCCAAGCAUAUACAUUAUGACGAGUAAAACAAUCGAUAUGCAGUAUACACCACCGACAUCGGAUACAAUCCAGACAAAACCAUUUCCAAUUAGAGGCGAACGAGCCAAUUUUGUAAAUAAGCCACAUGUGAUAGCAAUGGUGGGAUUGCCAGCAAGAGGGAAGACUUACAUUUCAAAGAAGCUGUGCAGAUAUUUAAAUUGGAUUGGUAUCAGUACGAAAGUCUUCAAUUUGGGCGAAUAUAGAAGGCACGCGACGACGGCCUAUCAAUGUCACGAUUUUUUCCGACCCGACAAUAUUAAGGCAAUGGCAAUUAGGACCCAGUGCGCUUUGGAUGCACUGCAGGACGUAUGCAAAUGGCUGGAGUCAGGAGACGGUGAGGUCGCCGUUUUUGACGCGACAAAUUCCACCGUCGAUCGACGUGACAUGCUUCGUGAAAUUGUCGUUCUCAAAAUGAACUUUAAGCUAUUUUUCGUUGAGUCCGUUUGCAACGAUCCGGAAAUUGUCGAGCAGAACAUUAUGGAGGUCAAGGUGAGCAGUCCAGAUUACGCGAAUAUGAACAAGGAGGCAGUGUUGGCGGAUUUUAUGUUGAGAAUUGAACAUUAUCAGGAGAAAUAUCAGCCAUUGGAUGAGGAUCGUGAGAGUGAUUUGUCAUUUAUGAAAAUUUACAAUACCGGCGAGAAGGUUCUUGUUCAUAAGCACGAGGGCCACAUACAAAGCCGGAUAGUUUAUUAUUUAAUGAAUAUUCAUAUUGUACCGCGCACAAUUUAUCUCACCAGGCAUGGCGAGAGCGCUAUGAAUUUGGAUGGACGAAUUGGCGGCGAUUCUGAUCUCAGUGAUAGGGGUCGAUUGUACGCAAAGGCACUUUCCGAAUAUAUCAUAAAACAAGAUAUUCAGGGUCUUCGCGUUUGGACAAGCUGGUUGAAACGCACCAUACAAACCGCAGCCGACGUUAAAGCACCACAGGAGAGGUGGAAGGCCCUCAAUGAAAUUGAUGCCGGCAUCUGCGAGGAAAUGACCUACGAAGAGAUUGAGGAGAAAUAUCCAACUGAUUUUGCAGCUAGGGACCAAAAUAAAUUUUCCUAUCGUUAUCCGCGAGGUGAGAGUUACGAGGAUUUGGUCGCACGUUUAGAGCCGGUAAUUAUGGAACUGGAGAGACAGGGUAAUGUUUUGGUUGUCAGUCAUCAGGCAGUUUUACGUUGUCUACUUGCGUACUUUUUAGACAAAAAUGCAGAUGAACUACCAUAUCUUCAAGUACCCCUGCACACAAUAAUCAAAUUAACCCCAGUGGCUUAUGGUUGUAAGGUGGAAAAUAUUCGACUACCAAUCGACGCAGUCGACACACAUCGAGCAAAACCAAAGAUACCCGGAUACCUAGAGGAGCGCUUCAGGAGAAAAGGCAAAAAUCUUCACACGUGAUAAAAAUUCUUUAUCAUCCUUGGCCGCUUUAUUUGAAAAAAAAAAAUAAAUAAAUGAAGCUGUGUUUUCCUUCAGGCAGAUGAAUUUUGCCUUCGCGAUUAUUGAGGUGCCGACUAUUUUCUAUCCACUUUUCGUUGUCAACCUCUCUAAACAAAAGAAAAAAAGCCAAAAAAAAAAAAAAUAAUCUGCGUGACUCUCUGUGAAUAAUAAAUUCUAGUUAUUGUCAGCGAAUCAAAACAAAAAUUCAUAACAUCAUCAUAAUUCAUCUUUUGUACGGAUAAUUAUCACCUUACCGGAACAAAUAAAGAUGAUCAGCUUCACAGAAGCACGAAAAGGAAAAGAAAAACAUGUCUGUAUGAAGAAAUACUAUUCUUAUAGUCAUUUUUCAAAAGAAAGAACUUUUUGCUCCUUAUCGACAAAAGAAAAGUAUAAAAAAAACCCGCUGCAUAAGAGACUGUGAUUUUUAUGAAAUUGGGUUGUUUUAUUUCAGUUUUGUUGCUUCCAACAACGGGCUGAGACUUAAAAUAAAAAAAAAUACAUAAUUAUAAUUAGAAAAUCAAACUAUGAAUACGUAUUCAAAAAAAAAUUCAAGUUUUUUCAAAUUUAAUCUAAAAUGCCGUUAUUCCACUACAAUUUUUUGAUACUUGAAUAAAUGCAAACAACUCAAAAAGGAAAGUUUUAAAAAUUGAUAUAAAAAUAGUCUUAAAAUAGAUUUUGUCCAAUUUCAAUCUAUAAUCUUCGUAUCUUUAUAAAAAAAAAAAAUAAUCUUUAUAUCCGACCUUUGAAUGUUACCAAUUUCUUCUCAAGGGUUAAUAAUAAUAAUAAUAAUAUUGAUAAAAAUAUUAAUAAUAAUGAUGAUAAGAAAAGUAAUAAUAAUAAUUGCUCUUUUACGUAAAUGUCUGCCAUUGAUAAUAUGAAAUAAUCUUUAAUAUUUACAAGAUUACAAAGAAAAAAAAUAAUAUUGACAUUUUUUUUUCCUCUGGUUAGCCGAAUCUUAAUGUAAAGAAAUCUCAAUAAAUUCUUAUACAUAAAAUUGUUACAAGAUACUUAAAUAAAUACUAUUUUUAUUCAUUA